AUGCCACGUGGAUAUGACGCUUGUGGUCACGGCUCCUGUGGUCGUGGUGCCCAUGGUCACGGCUCCCGUGGUUGUGGUGCCCAUGGACGAGGCACCCGAGUUACCCAUCCUACUCGAGCACAUCCUGCUCCCGUUGUUGAGGAUCCAAUUCUUGAGGUCCUGAUAUGGCCUGUUCCUUCAGUUGCUCUGGUUCCCCCACCUAUCCCCCCUCCUCAGCCUGCUGUUCCGGUUUUGGAGGUUCCUGCUCCGCCGGCUGCACCUGUGCCUCCACUUGAGGUAACUGCCACCCUGCCUUUCCGACAGUACCUAUAA